ACCUGAAUUCAUAUCGAUUUGAUCCCCGGAGGGAGACCUUAUUAAUUCAUAUAGUGGAAAACUAUCCACUAUGUGGUGCUGUAUGCAUUUUGGUAAUGUGUUGUGUAUGUGCAAAGUAUUGACUUUACGAAGGUGCAAUAAAAAAGAUCAUGGAUGCGCAAGUGUGUAAAAAUGGACUUGAGUUAGGUUCAAUUCGCAGUGGCGAGAAUUUCCAGGAUUCCAAGCUUAUUUCAGUAAUAGAAGAAAAUGAAAGUAGAAACGACAAUGAUUUACAAGAUUCCGAGCGUGAAAAUGAAAAUAGACACGAUGGUGAUUUACAGGACUCCGAGCUCAUUUCGGUAAUAGAAGAACGUGAAAAUGCAAGUAGACACGAUGAUGAUUUACAGGAUUCCGAGCUUAUUUCGGUAAUAGAAGAACGUGAAAAUGAAAUUAGAAACGAUGAUGAAUUACUGGGUAAAGAGAUGGCUGAAGAAGAGACAACGAAACAUGAGAAACCAUUUUGGUUUUGUCGUUUCGUGACAACUUAUCCCAUCAUGUCUUUUAUUCUGGGUGUUUCUGGUCACCUAUUUAUUGGAGCAGUAACUAUCAUUCUACUUCUAGUUGGUUUUGACGUUUUCCCAACGAAUUUUGAAACCUUACCAAUGGAAUUACGUGAUAGCCCAUGGCUUGCUCGGUAUCGAGCUUACCAAAAUCGAUUUAAUUUCAAACACCCUGUGCACAGAUACGUAAAAGGCGAUUAUAUACCCACGUGGAUACGGGGUAAUGAAGGAAUGAGAAUUGAAUUAAUAUAUGACACACAUGGUAAAAACAUUUUUACAAAGGAGCACUUACAAACAAUUGCAUCAAUAGAAAAGAAAGUCGACUCAAUUCCCGAGUAUUCUGAUAUUUCUUAUAAUACAAAUGAGACAAAAGUUGAGUUGAAUUAUUUACUCGCAAAGGAUUUUAAAAUAUCACCUUCUUUCGUAAGCUCAUCUUUGACUAGAAGUGAAUUUCCAUUGGGGUGGCCAAUUUCAAACGAUUUCAACGAAGACAUUGCCGCAAAAAUAGUACGAAGCAAACAAGUUAAAUAUUUAAAACCCGUUUUUGAAGAAAUUAUAAAAACUAAAGAUUUUGAUGUGACGUAUUUCAGUCUUUCUUUGUUUGAACAUGACGUGGCUGAACAAGCCAUAAAAGAUUUAUAUUUAGCAGGGGGGAGUGUGAUAUUUAUAUUUUGUUAUAUGUGGUUUCAUACAUCUUCAUUAUGGAUUACAGUAUGGUCGGUUAUCAGCAUUCUCUCAAGUUUCCUGGCAACUAAUUUGUUCUACAGAGUCAUCCUUGACUUUCGUUAUUUUGGAUUUUUUCACGUGUUGUCGCUUUUUAUUAUUCUAGGAAUAGGUGCAGACGAUUUAUUUGUUUUCUAUGAUUUUUGGAGAGCAACUGGCCUGACGUCAUACCCGUCUCUUGCACAUCGUCUAUCUUCUGCCUACCGGAAAUCAACUCUCAGUAUGUUUGUGACAUCAGUAACAACGAUGGCAGCUUUUGCAUCUACCGCCCUUACGCCACUUCUAGCCACUAAAUCGUUCGGGAUUUUUUCAGCCGUCUUAAUUAUUAUUGACUAUAUUUCCGUGAUAAUUUUCUUUCCUACUAUUGUGAUUUUUUAUCACGUUAAAAUAAAGAAAUGUUGUACAAACUUCUGCUCGUGUUGCUUAAAGAAUACAAAGGAAUCAACCCAGAUUACAGACAACUUAAUAGAUAAUGAUUUUUGUCAAAAUGAAGUCACAGAGACUGUUGUUAAAAAACAGCCUGGUAUGUUGGUUCGAUUUUUCAGAGAUAAAUAUUUUAAAUUUGUCACCCAUGGUAAAAUAAGAUGGAUAUUAAUAAGUGGAUUUGCUGUAUUGGUCUUAUUUAUGUUAAUAAGCUGUUCAAGAUUAAAACCAGACAAUGAACAGAUACAGUUUUUUAAAAAGAAUCAUAACUAUGGUAAAGCGGCGAAUUAUCGUGCGAACAGUUUUUUACCAGAUGCGAUAGACUAUCCCUUAAGCCUGACUUUAUUGUGGGGACUUAAGGAACAAGAUCUAUCAAGUUGCCAUUUCAGCGAUGUUAAAUGUAAGGGCACGGUUCAUUUUGAUGACAACUUUGACCCAAACUCAGUUGAAGCACAGAAAUCUUAUCAGAAGUUAUGUGACAAACUCUAUAAUAUGUCAGAAGAAGAAUCAAGAAGAUUGAAAGUUAAACGCCAUCUUCUAACCAAUAAGCCCGUGAUGCACUGUUUUGCUAAAAAUUUGAACGAAUUUUUAAAGUUGGAUACACAGGUAACAGGCCUCGAUACAUCGUUACCUUGGGAUUACAAUAAAACUCGAGACUUUGUAAAGAUGAGGUCACCAUUGAUAUACAAUAUAACGGGCAUGGAUUUAACUUCUGUUCCUGUCUUAGAUAUAGCGAUAAGUUUUUGGUUAUAUAAUAGAUUUCUGAUGAACCAAACAAAAGAUUAUAAAUUUUUCAAUGGUUUAAUAGGAGAACAAGAAGGGCCAUAUUCUACCAGUAUUAUACCAGUUCCUAAUGUUAAAGUCGGCAAUAAGAUCAAAAGUCUAAGUAUUGAAUUGAUAUUAACUAUUAACCCUUUAACAACGGGAUUUAAAGAUGGAAUAACACUGGUAGAAGCUUGGGAGGAUUUUAUGAUUGAACAGAAAUCAACCAUGCCUGCAUCCUUACAAGGUGGUUUCCAGGUGGGGUGGAAGGUUUGGCAUUGGUUUUAUGUUCAAAGGGUAUUAUAUGAAAAUGCAAUAAUGGGUAUUUUACUGGGGUUAGGUUUAACCACUAUAAUAUUACUGAUAUCUAUACAGAAUAUCAUAACAAGUCUUUUGGCGUCAGUUACUAUCGUCAUGGUAACGAUUUGUGUUAUUGGAGUUAUCCCUCUUCUAGGAUGGAAACUAGGGGUUCUCGUUUCCCUUAAUAUGUGUCUUGUAGUGGGUUUAUCAGUGGAUUAUGUUGUUCAUCUGGCGGAAGGAUACACGAUGUCAAAACAUAAGGACCGGAAGUCACGAGUUCAAGAUUCUUUGGAAACCAUGGCAACGUCUGUGUAUUCUGGUGCAUGUACAACGCUCGGAGCUUCAGUUUUUAUGUUAUUUUCGCAAAUAAUUUUCUUUUUUCAAUUUGGAAUAUUUAGGUUUUUUACCAUUGGUUUUUCUAUUUUGUUUUCAUUAGGACUAUUUAUUACUUUAAUGGGUACAAUAGGACCGGAGAAUGAUACUGGUGAUAUCAAAGCUAUAUUCAGGAAAGUACGCAAUUUUGUCUUAAACCGUGGCACCCACUGUGUUGAAACAUGACACUAUAAAGUAUCCCAGCAGUUUGUAUAAAAUGAAGCCAUUUUUUUUAUUUCCGGGUGAUUAUUUAGUAUUUAAACAUAGAUUUGAAAAUGUGGUAGAUCUGCUUAUCAAUAGUAUGUAUUUGACUAGCUGUUCAUUUUAUAUAUUUCGUUGAAUUUAUAUCUUAUGCAAGGUACACGAUAUAAAACUAGAGCUUCGCUAACGCUGCAAUAUACGUCAACAUUUCUGAUUUCAUUGAUAUGGUACUUUUUAUACGCCCACAUUGGAAAUGUGAUCGUAUAUUGCCGUCGUAUAUUAUGGCCCUGGAGCACUUUGAAAUAUCUUGUGGACGCUCUAGAGGCUAAAGUUAAUAUCCGAUUGACUGCAGAUUUAUACACAGUGUUUAAGGUCGUGAGACGCAGAGACCUAGUGAUUGUCAGUGAUUUCAGAUGAUUACUUCCAGAGUUAUGGCCCUUGAUCCCUUUGAAAAAUCUUGUGGAUUGACUUUAGAUUGAUAAACAGAGUUUAAGGGUCUUGAGACGAACAGGUAUAUUGAUUUUCAAUGAAUGUUGAUAACUGGAACAGGUAAAUCCAUGGGUUGAAUUUGGAACAAUAUAAAUUAUUGUUAUUGAAAUGAUUAAUAUGCUGAAUUUGAACAAAAUCUGUUAAUUAUAGCAACAUGUAGACUAUUUACAGACAAAAACCCCUAGGGGUCAGGAUAUGCACCAAAAUCAAUAGUUGCCGUCCUCAUGGUAUACGGUAUAAGUAUACCAAGUUCCAAGAUAAUUCAUUCAGAAUUGUGGCCUUCGGACGCUAAACACAUAAAUUGGGCGUGGCUCUGACCAAAAUCAAUAGUUACCACCCUUAGGCUAUAAGGAAUACAUAUGAUCCAUUCAGAAUUGCGGCCUGUAUACGAUAAACAUAAAAACGAAUUGGGCUUGGCUUUGCCCCCCCCCCCCUGGGGUCGGGACAUGCACCAAAAUCAAUAGUUGCCGCCCUUAGGCUAUACGGAAUAUUUAUGUCAAGUUCCAAGACGAUCCAUUAAGAAUUGUGGCCUGUACACAGACACACAAAGAAACAUGGGUGUGGCCUUGUCCCCGGGGUCCAGGCAUUCACCAAAAACAUUAGGGAUCAUCUUUAGGGUAUACGGAAUAGGUAUGCAAAGUUUCAAAAGGAUCUGUUAAGAAUUUCGGCAUGUAGCCCAAACAUAGACACACACAAAAAUUGGGCGUGGCUCUGUUCCAGGGGGUCGAGCAUGAACCAAAAAUAAUAGAGGCCAGUCAUCCUUAGGGCAUAAGGAAUAAGUAUGACAAGUUUUCAAGACAAUCGACCUAGAAUUGCGGCCUGUAGGCGACACGCAGACACACAAAGAAAAUGGUUCGUGGCUCUGACCCUGGGGGUUGGGCAUGCACUACAAACAAUAGGGAUGUUCCUUGGGGCAUAAGUAUGGAAGCCUAUAACUACCAUUCAUAAUUUCUACUUUUCGCCUCUUCAGAACACGAAAGUCGAAAAGUCGAAAAGUAGAAGUUACGACAAAAUGUGAGGCGACAAGACGGUAUACAAGCCAAAAUCAACUCGAAAAUAGGGAAUUUAGAAAUAACACACAUUGUCCGCUGCCAGCCUUCACCUUCGAAAUAUCAAGGGGAAUAAUUUGAACAAUUGGGGGCAGACCACAUUGACUACUACAUAAAUGUUAAAACCCGUUUACCUGCUAUUCCAGGCCAGGAGUUUAAAGUAGAAAAAUAAACUAAUAUAGCCUUAUUUAUAUCGCUAACUUUGACAAUCUGUCACCCAUAACGCCAUUAAUCCCGCCCCCAAUAUACACAAAAAAGUGACGAAAGAAAUAAAUAUUCUAUACACCCCCCCACCCACCACCCACAAACACCGUAUUUAUAUCGGAGAUUGGCUCUCACAGCAGCAGGAUUUUUCUGUACUCAUUUAUGUUAGUUCAGAUUGGCCUUCACAGCAGGAUGUUCUAUAGGUUGGUCCCAACAGUAAUAUUUUCUAUAGAUUACUAUCACAGCAUAUUUAUUACUAUUACAGCAUAUUUAUUAAUAUAACAGCAUAUUUAUUACUAUUAUUUAUUACUUCUACAGCAUAUUUAUUACUAUUACAGCAUAUUUAUUACUAUUACAGCAUAUUUAUAGUGGACCCUUUCAUAUUGUAAUAGCCACAUGGCUAUUUUAUCACUAUUUAUAAUAUAUUUACA